AUGCAUUUAAUGAAUAUACCAGCAUGGAAUAAUAAUACAGAUGAAGCUGUAUGUAUUGCUGAGUUAAAAUUAGGUUUAAUUGCUGAAAGUUGUCUGAAUCCAGGUUUUUCAACAAUGAUAGCUAAUAUUUUUGCAAUGCGUUCGGAUACAGAAGUAGCCGGAAAAUUAACUGAACAGAGUUCACCUAGCCGAUUUAUUUGGUUACAAGAAUAUCUUCGAGGUGCUUCACUUGAAAUGUAUACAGAAACAUUAUCAAAUUAUUUUGUACAUGAUUUAAAAAAUUUUAGUGAAGCUGCUAGAUUUUGUUUAGUUGAACUUGAUAUACUUUUAUUUGCUAUUGAAGUUUGUGAAGAAAAUGGACAAAGAAGAUUAGCUAUUAAUCCUGAUCGAACAUCAAAAUAUUAUCGAAUUGCUAAACGAACAAGAGGAUUUUUUUUAGCUGGAAGUUCAGAAGAAGCAUCAAGGUAA